UGCAUGCACGGAAAAACGAAAUAUGACUGCAGAGAAUGCGGUGGAUCAGCGAUUUGCGAGCAUAACCGCAAGAGGUCGUUUUGUAAAGACUGUCGAGGCUCAGGAAUAUGCGAGCAUCUUCAAAAACGCGCGAGAUGUGUGGAGUGUGGAGGAUCGGAGAUCUGCAAACACGGGCAGAGGAGAACGCGGUGCAAAGCUUGUGGUGGCUCCGAAAUCUGUAUGCACAUGAAGCAGAGGAUAUUUUGCAAGGACUGUAAAGGAUCUGGCAUCUGCAUCCACAACCGAGUGAGGUUUGCAUGCAAGCUAUGCAGGGGAUCUGGAGUAUGUGAACAUAAUUGUGUGCGCUCAGUCUGUAGAGAAUGCGGAGGCUCCAGUUUAUGCCAGCAUCUUCGCAGGAAGGAUGUAUGCAGAGAAUGCCAUGGAAGCGGAAUCUGUCAGCACGGGAAACAGCGGGCCAUGUGCAAAGAUUGCAAGGGGUCAGGCAUAUGUGAGCACAACAGAGUGCGCUCUGUCUGCAAGGAUUGCAAAGGUGCAGGUAUCUGCAUCCACAACCGUCGGAGGAUUGUCUGUCGAGAGUGCAAAGGAUCUGGUAUAUGUGAACAUGACAGGCUAAGGUCGAUAUGCAGAGAGUGCAAAGGGCCUGGGAUCUGUGAACACGAUCGAGUCAGAUUCAACUGUAAGGAAUGCAAGCAGAUU